CACGGCCCACCUGCCAGCCGCAGGUUCAGGCUGGGAGGCCGCAGAGCGCGGCGUGUGCCGCCGCACAUGCGCCCUGAGGGAAGAUGGCACCUGCCGGCUGCUGGUGCUGCGGCUGCUGGGGCGGCGCUGUGGCCGCCGCGGGCGCCGCCCGGCGAGUCUUGGUUCUGCUGCUGCUGCUGGGGGUUCUAUCCAACGGGCCGCGACCGGGCGCCCUAGCCACCGAGCACUACUCGCCGCUGUCCCUGCUCAAGCAGGAGCUGCAGCACCGGCAGCAGCAGGAGGCCCCGGCGGGCGGCGGCUGCAGCCCGCAGUCCGGGGACUGGGGGGACCAGUACUCUGCCGAGUGCGGCGAGUCAUCCUUUUUGAACUUCCAUGACUCCGACUGCGAACCCAAAGGAUCACCACCCUGUGACUCUUUGCUUUCCCUCAACACUGAAAAGAUUCUGAGCCAGGCCAAGUCUAUUGCCGAACAGAAGAGAUUCCCAUUUGCUACUGAUAAUGACAGCACAAAUGAAGAGUUAGCUAUUGCAUAUGUGUUGAUUGGCAGUGGUCUCUAUGAUGAAGCAAUAAGACAUUUUUCAACAAUGCUUCAGGAGGAACCUGAUCUGGUUAGUGCAAUUUAUGGCCGAGGGAUAGCCUAUGGAAAGAAGGGAUUACAUGACAUUAAGAAUGCUGAGCUUGCUCUGUUCGAACUGAGCCGAGUAAUUACCUUGGAACCAGAUCGUCCAGAGGUAUUUGAGCAGCGAGCAGAAAUUCUGUCCCCUCUGGGACGAAUUAAUGAAGCAGUGAAUGAUCUCACUAAAGCUAUUCAACUUCAGCCCUCAGCACGGCUGUACAGACACCGCGGGACCCUGUACUUCAUAUCAGAGGACUAUGCAACAGCCCACGAAGACUUUCAGCAGUCCUUAGAACUGAACAAAAACCAGCCCAUAGCUAUGCUAUACAAAGGUUUAACUUUCUUUCACAGAGGACUUUUGAAGGAAGCUAUUGAAUCCUUCAAAGAAGCUUUGAAGCAGAAAGUUGAUUUUAUUGAUGCAUAUAAAAGUCUGGGGCAGGCCUAUAGAGAGCUGGGCAAUUUCGAAGCAGCCACUGAGAGCUUUCAAAAGGCUCUGUUGCUGAACCAAAAUCACGUGCAGACCCUCCAGCUUCGGGGAAUGAUGCUUUACCACCACGGCAGCUUGCAGGAAGCCCUUAAGAACUUCAAGCGGUGUCUGCAGCUGGAACCGUAUAACGAGGUGUGCCAGUACAUGAAAGGACUCAGCCACGUAGCAAUGGGACAGUUUUAUGAAGGGAUAAAAGCACAAACUAAAGUUAUGCUAAAUGACCCUCUCCCAGGCCAGAAGGCCAGCCCAGAGUACCUUAAAGUGAAGUAUCUCCGAGAGUAUUCUCGAUAUCUUCAUGCACACCUUGAUACUCCCCUUACGGAAUAUAACAUUGACGCGGACCUGCCCGGAAGCUUUAAAGACCACUGGGCUAAGAAUCUGCCUUUCCUCAUAGAAGACUAUGAAGAGCAGCCAGGGCUGCAACCCCACAUAAAAGAUGUGUUACAUCAGAAUUUUGAGAGUUAUAAGCCCGAGGUCCAAGAGCUGAUUUGUGUAGCUGAUCGUUUGGGAUCUCUGAUGCAAUAUGAAACACCUGGUUUCCUGCCAAACAAGAGAAUACACAGAGCCAUGGGUUUGGCAGCCUUAGAAGUCAUGCAAGCUGUACAGCGUACGUGGACCAGUUCAAAGGUUCGAAUGAAUGGGAAAACGCGGCUGAUGCAGUGGAGAGACAUGUUUGACAUCGCAGUGAAGUGGAGACGGAUUGCUGACCCAGACCAGCCAGUGUUAUGGUUGGAUCAAAUGCCAGCACGAAGUCUUAGCAGAGGUUUUAACAACCACGUCAAUUUAAUCAGGGGUCAGGUGAUCAACAUGAGAUACCUGGAAUAUUUUGAGAAAAUUCUUCAUUUUAUUAAAGAUAGAAUUCUAGUUUAUCAUGGAGCUAAUAAUCCUAAAGGAUUGUUGGAAGUUAGAGAAGCUCUGGAAAAGGUCCACAAAGUGGAAGACCUCCUUCCAAUUAUGAAGCAGUUUAAUACUAAAACGAAGGAUGGGUUCACUGUGAACACAAAAGUUCCCAGCCUCAAAGACCAAGGGAAGGAAUAUGAUGGCUUCACGAUCACUAUUACAGGAGACAAGGUAGGCAAUAUACUAUUUUCCGUGGAAACUCAGACCACAGAAGAAAGAACACAAUUGUAUCACGCUGAAAUAGAUGCACUUUAUAAAGAUCUAACAGCAAAAGGAAAAGUACUGAUUCUCUCAUCAGAAUUUGGGGAGACUGAUGCUGUUGGCAACUUAAUCUUAUCCUUAGUUUAUUACUUUUAUAACUUAAUGCCGCUCUCUCGCGGAUCCAGUGUGAUCGCUUACUCAGUGAUCGUGGGAGCCCUGAUGGCGAGUGGAAAAGAAGUAGCAGGAAAAAUUCCCAAAGGGAAGUUGGUUGACUUUGAAGCUAUGACCGCCCCUGGUUCAGAGGCCUUUAGCAAAAUAGCUAAAAGCUGGAUGAACUUGAAAAGUAUCUCACCUUCUUAUAAGACUCUUCCGUCCGUGUCUGAGACGUUCCCAACGUUAAGAUCAAUGAUCGAGGUGCUCAACACGGACUCCUCCCCACGUUGUCUUAAGAAACUCUAGUUACGCUGUGGUAUUUAUACAAGUAAAGGGCCGGACCUCUUGCUUCUUAAGUUAUUUUUUAAAACAUGGAAUUAUAAAGAAAUUAGGUCCUUUAUUACUUUUGAUACCAAUUUUUGAUAGGAAUUGAAUACUUGAAAUCAUUUUCCUUACCUUUCCGAACCAUAACAAAAAUCAUGGAAGAGGGUUUUGGGGCGACAGAAGAUCUCUGUGGGAGGGGAGGCAUACGUAUUAGCCAGCGGCCUCUUGGCUUACACUUAUGAAGUCAUACAACUCCUUCCUCCCAGUGAAGAAAGUUUAUUCCAAAAACCAAAAAUCAAUCAUUAAAAGGAACAAAACCAACAACAAAAAAGAGGAGUGUUUUCAUUCCUUUAAAGAUCUGGAUAGUCUUCAAAGACCUUCUUUUUAGGCACAUUGUGAGAAGGCAUCUUGUUUUCAACUCACAUAAUCCUCAUGCGUGGGCUCUCCGUGUUGUUUGAGCCACGGGAGAUUCGUGGCCAUCAGAGUGCUCCCGGAGCGCGUGGCCGGGAACAUUGAAUGAGGCAGACAGUUUUUGCCAGUGAUUCAAACACUGGAUUAUGGAAACAUGUUUGUUUUUCUCCUCUUUGCUGGAAAAAAUAAAUGGGGGUGAUUUCUGUAAAUCACCAGUUUUUGACACUGGAUUAUGUACGUUUUCAUUGUGUGAACCAGUUUCACUUUCAGGUUAUAAGAACAGUCAGAAAAUUACUGAUUUCCUUUUUCAGACAGGGUAGUUGACCGUAAAUGGGUUCAAUUAAACUGUUGCCAUUUCCAAAUCA